AAUCGCUCCCUUUCUCUGUCUUGAGAUUUUGGAGUCAGUACGCUUCUCUCCCUCCUCCCUUCGCUCACUCUUCGGCAAUUGUGUGGCAUUUCAACUCCACAUCUCGCGUGCUUUUGAUCCGCCCGCGGACUCGUCCAUCGAACUCUCGGACGCUCGCUUUGUGGAGUGCUGAUUCCUGUGGGCUACAAUAAAUAUCCGCCAUCUGCACUCCAAAGAGCCAUUUGAAGCCUGAUGGGUUCCAGAUUCCCAUCGCACCAGCUCAGCAAUGGCCUCUAUGUUUCAGGUCGACCUGAACAACACAAGGAGAAACCUCCAACAAUUUUCUCUACAGCCAUGCCAUAUACAGGAGGAGAUAUUAAAAAAUCUGGAGAACUUGGGAAGAUGUUUGAUCUUCAUGUAGAGAAAUCCAGAAAAUCUGGGCCACUUACUAAUCCCCCUUCAAGAAAUCGAUCAUUGGGGGCUGCUGCUACCCACUCAGGGCCUAUCAUGCCUAAUGCCUCUGGUCAGCCUAACUAUUCCGGUUCUUCUUCUUAUGCAGCUCCGAGUUCUGGUUCUUUGCUAGUCACUGGUGGUUCUGGUAGACAGAAAUCCAGUUCUGGGCCACUUAAACACGGGGAUUCAGUUAAAAGGGCAUCUGGGCCUCAAUCUGGAGGUGUUACCCAAGUGGGACGCCAAAAUUCUGGCCCUCUUCCACCGGUGCUGCCCACUACAGGUCUCAUCACUUCUGGCCCGAUUUCUUCUGGGCCACUUAAUUCAUCCGGUGUCACCCGGAAAUUAUCAGGUUCUCUGGAAUCCACUAAAUCAGUGAAGUCACAUAGUGCAUCUGUCAUUCAGAACCAAGCUGUCACUAAUCUCACUCAGGAAGAUGAUUAUUUGUUCAAGGGAAGCUUGCCUAAGCCCAUCAUUUGGUCCGUGGUUUUGUUAUUUGUGAUGGGUUUUAUUGCAGGUGGCUUCAUUCUUGGUGCUGUUCACAAUGUCAUUCUUCUUAUGGUUGUUGUAAUUAUUUUUGGAGGAGUUGUCAUGCUUUCCUUUUGGAAUACUUGUUUUGGAAGAAGGGCAAUCAUAGGAUUCAUUGCUAGAUAUCCUGAUGUGGAUUUGAGAACUGCAAAAGAUGGGCAGUAUGUCAAGGUCUCUGGGGUUGUUACAUGUGGAAAUUUUCCCCUUCAGUCAUCAUACCAUAUGGUUCCUAGAUGUGUGUACACAUCUACUGGCCUCUAUGAAUACAGGGGCUGGAACUCAAAGACUGCCAAUUCCCAGCAUCGGCGUUUUACUUGGGGACUAAGAUCAAAGGAGAGGCAUGUGGUUGACUUUUAUAUAUCUGAUUUCCAAUCUGGUUUAAGAGCUCUGGUCAAAGCAGGCUAUGGUUCUAGGGUGGCUCCGUAUGUUGAUGAGUCUGUCGUCAUUGACAUGAACCCAAACAACAAGGAUUCGUCUCCUGAAUUUCUCAGGUGGUUGCAGGAGAGGAACCUUUCUAGUGAUGACCGUGUGAUGCGCCUGAAAGAAGGUUAUGUCAAAGAGGGCAGCACUGUAAGUGUAAUGGGAGUUGUCCGAAAGAAUGACAACGUUCUGAUGAUAGUCCCUCCUCCUGAGCCCUUCUCCACAGGGUGCCAGUGGGCGAAGUGCGUAAUUCCAGCGAGCCUCGAUGGAAUUAUAUUAAGAUGUGAGGACACAUCAGAUGUUGAUGUCAUACCAGUGUAAUCGAUACAAUUGGUGUCAAUAUAUUUGCUCUUAUUUGUGCCGUCUCUGGAAUUUGUUUUAUUUCAUUUUCGGCAGUGCGGUGUUUUGAAAAGGCCACCUAUCAGUUUGAAGAGGUGGCUUCAUAUCUCGAGUCUGUAUAGCUUUGUCUCCCCCUUUUUAAAUGAGAUGGAUAUUUUUUGUGAGAUAGA